AUGGCGAUGAUCACAGAUGUCAGCUACGCGCUCCAAGCGAUCCGGCUGUCUGCACUGCGACAUACCGAUGACCCGCUCACUCCCCGGAUCAUCUCGGUGGACCCAUCCUUCGCUCUCAACCCAUACAUAGAUGCAAGCGGACUAUCGGAUAUCGACCGAUGGCCCGAGAUAAAGCGGGCGCUGGACUCGCCGCCCCCAGACUACCCGUCCUCGUAUGAUUCGCUCCGAAAUGCGCGGAACGAGCGGGCGACUCGGGAUCGGUCGCAUAGUCGCGGAGGAGACGAUGCGCCUGGUCGAGAGGGCGGUCUGAAGUAUACUCAGACAAUCAUUGGAGCGGGGCGGACGGGCGGUAUGGGUAUGCGUGUAUCGGGAAGAAGAGCCGUCGAGGGGGAGGGACGGGGUAGGAAUGGGCCCCGGGCCAAUUCAAGCGAGGCACUCAGUCCCAUGAAGGGCAAAAUGCCCCUGGCGUCGCAGCAGCCUCGGAUGGUGGAUGAUGGGUUCUUCUCGCCCUCGAGACGACCUCGGGCGGAUUCUGCGCCAGUCCCGGUCCUUGUCGUUCCGUCCAUGACGCCAAGUCAGCUCGGAUCCAGCAUGCUCGCGUCCGGCCUCGGCUCCGGUGGGGCAGGGCCUCCCGAGCAAGCUCUGAGCAUGUCAGAGACAUCCGGAGACGUCGAGGAUGAGAUUCUGGGAUCGAUGGAGCAGAGAUUUGGGGAGGGUUUCAGCUCGGGAAUAGGCGGAUCAACCAGGCGGACCGAUUCGGAGACGGCAGGAAGGGACGCCGGGGCUGGGUUUGGGGAGACUAUGGUGGAUGAGGGAAGCGACGAUGAGGAGGCAGAUAUGGAAAUGGCGGAAGAAGGGGACUAUUACCUGGACGAAGCGGCCCGUAUAGCCCGAGACGAAAGUCGGCGGUCCUCUAUGCUCGACCCGGAAGUAACGCUGUCUUUCGCCACGGUCCCCAUCGUUCGACAACCCUCCAUUCGCCAGUCCGCCCUCACUGCGGCGCUCAACAAACAUAUCCCGCAUCUCGUGUCUACAGCACAUGGACUGGAAACGGAGGAUGAGCUCGCACCUCUCGCUCAGCCCAACCCGUUCGCAUCGCUCUACACCACCGUCGCGGCGCCAGGUACCGUCGCGUCAUUGACGCUCGAGCUCUUCUUCCCUCACUCAGAAGAUCCCAGCGUGCCGAUCAUGGCCAAAGUCAGGAAGGACGCAACGGUGGAAGAUGUGACGGGGUAUGCGCUGUACAAGUACUGGGAGGAGGGAAGGCAGCCGGGUCUGAGCCAGGAGGAGGUGGAAGAGAGGUGGACUACGGUCGGCUGGGGACUAAGAAUCGUCGAGGAUGAUGGAGAAGUGGAUGAGGACUUCCCGCCGCUCGACCGAGACUCCAAGAUAUCCAAGUUCUCAUAUGGCCAAUUCGGUAUCGUCGAAGCCACGGCAUCUCAAAUCAAGCAAAAUGCUGCUAAAGCUCCCCUGAUCGUCCGCCGCCCCUCCCGCGUAAUCGCCCAACCCACCCGUCCCGCUCAAUCACGGAACCCCACCAAAGUUCCCGUCACUCAGCGGCCGCCAAUCCUGCAGAACGCAUCCUCAUCAUCGUCUGUGCGGAGCUUUUCUUCCAGCGAGAACUUGGCAGUCCCUAGCAUGCCCGGCGCGGAUGGCGGGACCUUCAAGGGCAGUGUCGGGCUGAGCUCGGCAUUGAGCAAGCAGGUCAUCCUUCGGAUCAGGGUGACUGCUAGUGCUGAUGUGCACUUUACCACCACCAUCUCAGUACCAUCCGAUAUCUAUAUCGCCGAUCUGACCGAGAUACUGUGCAAGAAGAAACGGCUCGCACCGCCCUAUACCGAUUGGGUACUCUGUCUGGCUGAUCUGACACUGGCUAUUCCUGUAGACCGGACGGUGGCGAGUCUGGAGGGGAAGAAUGACUUGGCGCUGGUCAAGACCCAGUGGGCUGUGGAGCACGGGUUGCGGAUAGGCGAUAGAAGAGGUGGAGAUCCGAGUGCAUCGAUCUUCAAGCGGCAGAGCGAGCCUAAUCCGGCAGCUCGGUUCGGACCCGGCCUGGCGGACUUUGCUCAAACUUACAAAAAAUAUAAGGUCAACCGCAAGAUCGCCAUCGGCCGGCACGAACGCACCCUCGCCAUCGACGGCGACUACAUCCACAUCAUGCCAUCCGAAUCCCGUGCAUUCUUCGAUUCCAUGAAGACGACGAGUUUCCAUAUUUCGCUGGUUGCCGGAGUGAAGCUUUCGGGACGGAGUGGCGGGUUCAAGAUCAAUGUAUGGAGGGACGGUGGCCAGAAGCGGUAUGAGUUUGAAGGGGAGAAUGAGCGGCAGGCUAUCGAGAUAGUCGGGUCAAUACAGGGGCUAAUGCGGGGCUAUCUCUCGGAGAGAUCAUCCAUAUUACCUACGCCUAGGACAGUCAUGAAGCGGUAG